AUGGCUGAAAUCACCAUCACUGGGUGGACGACACGGGAUGUUCGGUUCCCUACCUCGCUCGACAAGACCGGCUCGGAUGCCAUGAACGCCGCCGGCGACUACUCGGCCGCAUACUGCAUCUUAGAGACGGACUCCUCCUACACUGGCCAUGGCAUGACCUUCACCAUCGGCCGCGGCAACGACAUAGUCUGCGCCGCCAUCAACCAUGUGGCCGAGCGCGUCAAAGGGCGCACCCUCUCCAGCCUGGUCGCCCACUGGGGCAACACAUGGCGCCACCUCGUCAACGACAGCCAGCUCCGCUGGAUCGGCCCGGAAAAGGGCGUGAUCCACCUGGCCCUGGGCGCCGUCGUCAACGCCAUCUGGGACCUCUGGGCCAAGACGCUCAACAAGCCCGUGUGGCGGGUCGUGGCCGAGAUGACACCCCAACAGUUCGUCGACUGCAUCGACUUCCGCUACAUCACCGACGCCGUUACCCCGGAGGAGGCCCUCGCCCUACUGCAGGAGUCCGAGGCCGGCAAGGCCGACCGGCUGCGCGACGCCGAGCAAAGCCGCGCCGUGCCCGCCUACACCACUAGCGCCGGCUGGCUCGGCUACGGCGAGGACAAGAUGCGCGCCCUGCUGCGCGAGACCCUCGACAAGGGCUACCGCCACUUCAAGCUCAAGGUCGGCGGCAGCGUCGAGACGGACCGCCGCCGCCUGACCAUCGCCCGCGACAUCAUCGGCUACGACAACGGCAACGUGCUCAUGGUCGACGCCAACCAGGUCUGGUCCGUGCCCGAGGCCGUCGCGUACAUGAAGCAGCUGGCCGAGUUCAAGCCGUGGUUCAUCGAGGAGCCCACCUCGCCCGACGACAUCCUCGGCCACAAGGCCGUGCGCGACGCCCUGCGCCCCUACGGCAUCGGCGUCGCCACCGGCGAGAUGUGCCAGAACCGCGUCGUCUUCAAGCAGCUGCUCAUGGCCGGCGCCAUCGACGUCUGCCAGAUCGACGCCUGCCGCAUGGGCGGCGUCAACGAGGUCCUGGCCGUCCUGCUCAUGGCCAAGAAGUACGGCGUCCCCAUCGUGCCCCACUCCGGCGGCGUCGGCCUGCCCGAGUACACACAGCACCUCAGCACCAUCGACUAUGUCGUUGUUAGCGGGAAGCUGUCUGUGCUCGAGUAUGUCGAUCAUCUGCACGAGCACUUCCGCCACCCGUCCGUGAUCAAGGAUGGGUUCUAUCAGACGCCUACGGAGCCGGGGUACAGUGUGGAGAUGAGGCCGGAGAGCAUGGACCGGUUUGAGUACCCGGGCGCGGAGGGCAGUUGGUGGAGGAGCGAGGAGGCUAGGCCGAUAUUGGAGGGGGAGAAGAUAUAG